UUUCAGGGCGAUACAAUUCAACUCUCAAAAUGUACCAACUAUUACAUUGAAUCACAUAAAACCGCUGCCAUUUGACUGUUUUAGAUCAACAAAAAUUCCAAAUUUUGUAUGAUUGAACUGAAAUCCUGAUUGAAACAACAUAUGAUAAAUAAGACCAGCUGCUUUUGAGUACUGCUGUCAACUUGCUAAGGAGGAGGUGUGGCCACUCGACUUUUGACAGUGACUCUCUUGGCUGAUCAGGCCCCAAUCUGGGGAUUCUGAGCAGUCCUGUGGACUCAGAUGACUCCAUAUGCUCCAGAGGGCAUCUGUCCAGAAGUUGCUUCACAACUGGCUUUCUUUCUGAAGUCACUAAAUGUUCCUUCCUCUUUUCUACCUAAGACCUACCAUGGAUGCCCUGCAGUUGGCAAAUUCAGCUUUUGCUGUCGACAUGUUCAAACAACUGUGUGAAAAGGAGCCAAUGGGCAAUGUGCUCUUCUCGCCAAUCUGUCUCUCCACCUCUCUGUCACUUGCUCAAGUAGGUGCCAAAGGUGACACAGCAAAUGAAAUUGGACAGGUCCUUCAUUUUGAAAAUGUCAAAGAUGUGCCCUUUGGAUUUCAAACGGUAACAUCAGAUGUAAACAAACUUAGCUCCUUUUACUCAUUGAAAUUAGUCAAGCGGCUCUACGUAGACAAAUCUCUGAACCCUUCCAUGGAAUUCAUCAGCUCUACAAAGAGACCCUAUGCAAAAGAAAUGGAAACUGUUGACUUCAAAGAUAAAUUGGAAGAAACGAAAAGCCAGAUCAACAAUUCCAUUAAAGACCUCACAGAUGGCCGCUUUGAGAAUAUUUUAGCUGACAACAGUGUAAGUGACCAGACCAAAAUCCUUGUGGUUAAUGCUGCCUACUUCGUUGGAAAGUGGAUGAAGAAAUUCCCUGAAUCAGAAACCAAAGAAUGCCCUUUCAGAGUCAACAAGACUGAUACCAAACCAGUGCAAAUGAUGAACAUGGAAGCCACAUUCUGUAUGGGCAACAUUGAUGAUAUCAAUUGUAAGAUCAUAGAGCUUCCUUUUCAAAAUAAGCAUCUCAGCAUGCUCAUCCUCCUGCCCAAAGAUGUGGAGGAUGAAUCGACUGGCUUGGAAAAGAUUGAAAAACAACUCAACUCAGAGACACUGUUGAAGUGGACCAACCCCAGCACCAUGGCUAAUGCCAAAGUCAAACUCUCCAUUCCAAAGUUCAAGGUGGAAAAGAUCAUUGACCCCAAGGGUAGUCUGGAAAACCUAGGGCUGAAAAAUAUCUUUAAUGAAAAUGCAUCUGAUUUCUCUGGAAUGUCAGAGACCAAGGGAGUGGCCCUGUCAAAUGUUAUUCACAGAGUGUGCUUAGAAAUAACUGAAGAUGGUGGGGAUUCCAUAGAGGUGCCAGGAUCACGAAUCCUGCAACACAAGGAUGAAUUAAAGGCUGACCACCCAUUUAUUUACAUCAUCAGGCACAACAAAACUCGGAACAUCAUUUUCUUCGGCAAGUUCUGUUCUCCUUAAGUGGCAUAGCCCGAGUUAAAUCCCACCUAACUGUUCUGUGGAUGCAGAUUUCUAUCAACUGCAUCCAGAGAAUCACUUUUGAAAUAAAAUAAAUUGUUAAUGUUGCUGGACCAGGAAGCAACCGGUGCUUGUCCUAGUUAGUCUUCACAGUACUAGACCCUUCUUUUUCAAUGUUUUCUUUCUUUCUUUCUUUUUUUUUUCUCUCUCAUAAAAGACAAUGAUAUAUGCUUUUAGUGAAAAUUAAUCACCUCCUCAGAGGAAAAAUAUUUAUUCAUUAUUUGUCAAACUUCCCAGGGUUAUUGACAGAAAUAGUCUUCCUGCAAGGAAGACCUUAGGAUCUUAGGGAUAUAGAAUGUUCCAGACAUUCUGGCUUUCCUGAAAUACUAGAUAAAACUGUGAUGCAAGAGACUCACAAAAUUGCCCUGGCUCAAGUGAAACUAGGACACUGACCACUGUAGGUCCAGAAGUUCUUGCAUUAAGCCCUGGGAAUUUUCUCCCCCAAAUUCUGCAUUUGUGGAAUUUCAGAGAGAUAAUACAUUGUGCUGACUGUAUGCUAUGGAACUCUAUUGAUAGCAUCUGGAACAGCAGCCUAAAGAUCAACACCUUAGUACUUCUACCAUAAAACGUCGAGUAUUUACACAAAAUGGAUAAAGUAGCCUGUGUGAUCAAAUUCUGCUACCAAAUGAGUGCCACCUGCUUAUGAAAACACCUUGUUUGUGGAACUUUUUAAGAUGUGGAAUGUUGGAUAAGAAAUUUUAGACCAAUAGUAGCUAAAGAAUAAGACUCUGGAGGAAGCUCAGAUCUGAGUAGAACAUCACUGUCACUUCUGCUGCAUGCCCCACCAGGUCCUUUGGUGGGCAGUAGACCUGGGGCAGGAGCUCUAACUGACUCCCAAGGUUUUGAAUGUUCCGUAGCAGGUGCUCCAACAGGGACUCUCUCAAUCUCCAAUAAAAGAGUUUUCUGACUGUUGAAGGAAGUUAUCUCUAUGUCUAAUGUGACAGUGGGACAGGGAAAGGAACCAAAUAUGUUUAGAAAAUAUAAGUAAUAUUAUCAAAGUGCCUUAGCACCUGUGUUUUCUAAGUCCAUGGGUUUAUUUUAGAUAGUCAGUUUGUAACUUAACGUUAAUAGUAAUUGACCAAGUUGGUUUGUCAAGUUUUCUAAGUUGAGGUUCAUGGAUCGAUUCACUACCAGAAGGAUAUAUUUACUAAGACUCCCUCCCUUAUCUCUUUCUUGCCACUCAUUGUAAAUAGGUUCUUCUUGCUCUAAAGGUUCAAUAUUGAAUUUCUUCUAUGCUACUGACAAUAAAAUAUUGA